GCUAAUUUUUGUUUUUUGUUGGAGCAAGUGGGUUUUGGCUCCUCCGGGCGGGCAUCUCUCUCGUGCCCGCUCUGUUGCUUGGCUGUGCUGGGUGCGUCCCUGGAGGAAGGAGCAGAACCUCUGUGUUGCUGCUUUUCAUUUGCUGCUGAGGCUGCGCCUGUUUCCUUAGGUGCCUCCAAAGCUUGUCAGCAGGGGGCUUUCUAGAAAGACAUUGUGAAGCCUGUAAUUCUUGGUAAGGUUUCUACCUGGCGCUGUAUCUGCCUGCGAGAGGGUACAGCAUCGGGUCUUUUCGGGAGGCUGCUGUCUUGCUGUUGUCUGGGCCCUCGGGAGUUGAAGUAUUAAUACAAAAUGCUCAGAAUCCCAGACCCCCGUGGGGGAGGUUUGGGGACACGGGACACGCUUGACACCCGACACUGAUUUUUUAGCUCACACCCCUUCACCCCCUCAGGUCUAUGAUAAGUGUUCUUUUCUGCGUCCCAUCUGCUUCUGUGAAAACCUUCCAGGCUGCAAAACUCAGAGCAAACAGGGACCUGCCACCCCAGGUCUUUUCCAGGGAGACCCUGUCAUCUUUGCACAGAAGCUGUGUGUGGAUGUGUUGUGUGUUUCUCAGCCAGAAAUUCGGAGCUGCUUUGGGUUUUAUAGAUGUUUAAGUCGGAGUUCUUAGUGUGUGUGAGAUUGUAGGUUUAUAAAAACACGCUUCCUUUCUGUGUGAAGUCACUUGGGUUUUCAGAACAUCGCCCGUCUGGGUGCCUCACUGUGCAGGUCUGGAGCCGGCCCCGGAAGGGAGACCCUCUCUGGGCCCUUGGAAGCAGGAAAUGGAUUUAUUCUGUACAGAGAUGAGCGGAUGAGCAGAGCCUGUCCCUGGGGAGCUGUCUGUGCAGCCCCUCCCUCUCGAACACACUCAAGCACUGAUCUGGGAGACUCAGCAUCUCUCAUAUCCUUCCUAACUGGCUCAUCAUUCUGCUUCUUUCCCUUACCCUGUGUCAGGUGGGAUUCCUGUUUUUACUGAAGAGUUGCUUUUCUCCUUGCACCAUUUAGGCCUCUUUGGUUGGAUACAAGCAUUUUGAUUCAUGCAUCCCCCGUCCUUGGUGGGGGCCCGUUCUGUGCUGGACACAGGUACACUCUGGCAGGCUGCCCUUUGCCUGUGUGCCUGGAGGGAGCGGGCCUCUGCCCUCCUCACACUCUGGUGGGUGGGAUGGGCAUGCAGGUGGCAGUGGGCAUGCAGGGUGGUUGAUGUUUUCAGGCUUGGGCACAAUCUCUGGGAGCAGACCCACCCUUACUAGGAGGAUGCUGUGAGAAUUUGACCUGUGGCAUAGUGGGGGGCAGAGACGAGAGGCCGCAUGCUCUCAGGAGGUUGGGGAUGGGGCUCUUCAGCCCAUCUGGGGAUCAGCACUCAGUCCUGUGCCAAAGCCUGAGGUUCCUUUUUGGGGAGAGUGGGCAGGGGACCAGGGGAGAAAGCACAAAGCCCAGAAGGAAAGGCGAUUAUGAGCCAGGCCAGAGAACGGGCUUUGUCUAAGGGGCGGCAGGCACCACGGCCAGCAGGGGCUGAUGUGUAACUAGUCUCGUGGUCAAGCGCACACAGAAGUAGAAUCAGGCAGGACGGCUUCAGUCGCAGGGUCCUGGAGCUGGCACUUCGGGAGCUCAGGGCGUCCUUUCCACACCGUGUUGUUUUUCCUUUAUGAAGUCGUCUGUGCUCUUAGCAAAAGACUCGUUUCUUUAACGUCUACACACAAUUAUAUACAGGCACACACUGCAUAGGGAUGUGCCAGUGUUGGACCACAUAUACUACAGUGGUGCCAUUGCAUUACAGUGCUGUAAUUUGCCAUUGUGUUACACUUACCUACAGCCUUCAGUAGAGUAGCUCGCUGUAUGGGUUUGUAGCCUAGGAACAAUGGGCUUCACCAUAUAGCCUAGGUGUGUUGUGGGCUGUGCCAUCUGGGGGUGUAUAUGUGUCCACGGUAGUAUGUCUGCACAGGGACGAAAUCGCCAAACAAUGCAUUUCUCAGCUCGUAUCCCAUUGGCUAAGUGGCAUGUGACUGUUUGUGAAGUGCCAUCAACUGUUGUCACCACCUGUGCAGCUCACCUUCCAUCAGCCCAGGAACUGGGCUUUUCCCAAACCUUGCUUCCCUCUGUCCCUGAUUCCCACAUGGUCUUGCAGAGUAGCUUGUAUUCCUCACACUCCUACACACUCUGGUACUACAGUCUCUCCUUAAAGAUUCGAUGCCUUGUUGGGAAUAGAUAAUUAUUUUGGUGCACAAUCAUUAACAAUUAUUUAUGUUAAUGAUUUAACACAAUUCAUUAUUGAUAAUUAACAUGCUGAUUUUUAAUAAAGAAAGCGGCUACUCUUGCCUCUGUUUGAAGUGGUGUUGGUGCCCCUUUUCUUAGUGUGCGUUGGAUGGGUAUGUUUUGGGGAGCGUGUGGGGGUUCCCGCAGCCAUGCCGGUGCCCUCUUCGCCAGGAGCUUUGCUGAUGAUGUUCCGUCUCUGUUUUAGGUGCUGGCUGCCAGCUGCUGCGCCCCCGAUGUAGAAGGUGCACCUCCUGGGAGCUGGCCCGUCUUUUGGCUCUUCUGACCAUGGAGAGAUAGGACGGUCCCUGCAGCCCGCGCGAGAGAAAGCUGUGCCACCACCACCGGCCGCGCCCGUCCUUCGGAUGGAUCGCAACAGAGAGGCCGAGAUGGAGCUGAGGCGAGGCCCCAGCCCCACCAGGGCCGGCCGGGGCCACGAGGUGGAUGGGGACAAGGCUACGUGCCACACUUGCUGCAUCUGCGGCAAGAGCUUCCCCUUCCAGAGCUCGCUUUCGCAGCACAUGCGCAAGCACACGGGCGAGAAGCCCUACAAGUGUCCCUACUGCGACCACCGGGCUUCCCAGAAGGGCAACCUGAAGAUUCACAUCCGGAGCCACCGCACGGGGACUCUGAUUCAGGGACACGAGCCAGAGGCGGGUGAGGCGCCGCUGGGCGAGAUGCGCGCCUCCGAGGGCCUGGACGCCUGCGCCAGCCCCACCAAGAGUGCCUCGGCCUGCAACCGGCUGCUGAACGGGGCCUCACAGGCCGACGGCGCCAGGGUUCUGAACGGGGCCUCGCAUGCCGACAGCGGCAGGGUCCUGCUGCGGAGCAGCAAGAAGGGGGCGGAGGGGUCCGCAUGCGCCCCCGGGGAGGCGAAGGCUGCAGCCCAGUGCUCCUUCUGCAAGAGCCAGUUCGAGCGUAAGAAGGACCUGGAGCUGCACGUGCACCAAGCGCACAAGCCGUUCAAGUGCAGGCUGUGCAGCUACGCGACGCUGCGGGAGGAGUCGCUGCUGAGCCACAUCGAGAGGGACCACAUCACCGCGCAGGGGCCCGGCGGCGGCGGGGCCUGCGUGGAGAACGGCAAGCCCGAGCUGAGCCCCGGGGAGUUCCCGUGCGAGGUGUGCGGCCAGGCCUUCAGCCAGACCUGGUUCCUGAAGGCGCACAUGAAGAAGCACCGGGGCUCCUUUGACCACGGCUGCCACAUCUGCGGCCGUAGGUUCAAGGAGCCCUGGUUCCUCAAGAACCACAUGAAGGCGCACGGCCCCAAGACAGGCAGCAGGAACAGGCCCAAGAGUGAGCUGGACCCCAUCGCCACCAUCAACAACGUGGUCCAGGAGGAGGUGAUCGUCGCCGGCCUGAGCCUCUACGAGGUCUGCGCCAAGUGCGGGAACCUGUUUACAAACCUGGACAGCUUGAACGCCCACAACGCCAUCCACCGCCGGGUCGAGGCCAGCCGCACGCGCGCCCCGGCCGAGGAGGGGGCGGAGGGGCCCCCGGACACCAAGCAGUUCUUCCUCCAGUGCCUGAACCUGAGGCCGUCUGCGGCCGGCGACGCGUGCCCAGGCGCACAGGCCGGACGGCGGGUGGCCGAGCUGGACCCGGUCAACAGCUACCAGGCCUGGCAGCUGGCCACGCGGGGCAAGGUGGCCGAGCCAGCCGAGUACCUCAAGUAUGGGGCCUGGGACGAGGCGUUGGCCGGGGACGUGGCCUUCGACAAGGACAGGCGCGAGUACGUCCUGGUGAGCCAGGAGAAGCGCAAGCGCGAGCAGGACGCACCGGCCGCGCAGGGGCCCCCGCGUAAGCGCGCGACUGGGCCUGGGGAUCCAGCGCCCGCUGGCCACCUCGAUCCACGCUCGGCCGCGCGCCCCAACCGCAGGGCCGCAGCCACCACUGGCCAGGGCAAGUCCUCCGAGUGCUUCGAGUGCGGCAAGAUCUUCCGCACCUAUCAUCAGAUGGUGCUGCACUCGCGCGUGCAUCGCCGCGCGCGCCGCGACAGGGACAGUGAUGGGGACCGGGCGGCGCGGGCCCGCUGCGGAUCACUCAGUGAGGGUGACUCGGCUUCCCAGCCCAGCAGCCCCGGCUCCGCCUGUGCCGCUGCCGACUCCCCAGGCUCUGGCCUGGCGGACGAGGCUGCCGAAGACAGCGGUGAGGAGGGCGCCCCCGAACCUGUACCAGGGGGACAGCCGCGCCGCUGCUGCUUUUCCGAAGAGGUGACUUCGACCGAGCUCUCCAAUGGAGACCAGAGUCACAAGCUGGGAGAUAACGGCUCGGAAAGAGACACCGGCGAGUCCAAGGCGGGGAUCGCAGCUUCUGUGUCCAUACUUGAAAACAGUAGCAGAGAGACUUCUAGAAGGCAAGAGCAGCACAGAUUUUCUACGGACUUAAAAAUGCCAGCAUUUCACCCCAAGCAGGAGGUGCCCGUUCCUGGUGAUGGCGUGGAGUUCCCUUCCAGUACGGGAGCGGAGGGCCAGACGGGUCACCCUGCAGAAAAGCUGUCCGAUUUGCACAACAAGGAGCACUCUGGGGGAGGGAAGCGGGCGCUGGCCUCAGACCUCGUGCCGCUGGAUUUAAGUGCGAGGUCGACGCGGGAUGACCCCAGCAAUAAGGAGACAGCCUCCUCCCUGCAGGCGGCUUUAGUCGUUCACCCGUGUCCUUACUGCAGCCACAAGACCUACUACCCCGAGGUCCUGUGGAUGCACAAACGCAUCUGGCACCGCGUCAGCUGCAACUCCGUGGCUCCCCCGUGAAUUCAGCCCAACGGUUACAAAAGCAUCAGAAGCAAUUUGGUUUUCCUUUCCCGGAGCGGACGCACGGGCCCCCCGCCUGCCCUCGGUGGCAAAGAAUGCCAGCCUUUGCUCCUUGCUCGGUUCACCCGCACUCAGGUGCCAGGGGGGGUGCCAGGGCCCAAAAGUGGCUCUUCUCCCCUGGGAGGGGUCACAAAAGCCGCUAGCAUGCCUAAGAAUAAGGAGAGCCAUCCCGGAGGGCCCUGUGCUCUGUGGGCGCCCGGCCCCGACGGGUAUCGACAGACCAAACCCUGUCACGGCCAGGAGCCGCAUGGCGCGGCCGCACAGGGGCCCCCGGCCAAGCCCAGGCAGGAGGCUAGCUCCAAACCGGUGCCUGCCCCGGGUGGCGGGGGCUUCAGCAGGAGCGCCACCCCCACGCCCACCGUCACCGUCAUCACCCGGGCUGGCGCGCAGCCCUCGGCUAACAGCAAGCCCGUGGAGAAGUUUGGGGUCCCCCCAGCGGGGGCUGGCUUUGCCCCCACAAGUAAGCACAGUGCCCCGGACUCCCUGAAAGCCAAAUUCAGCCCUCAGCCUCAGGGUCCACCUCCUGCAAAGGGCGAAGGGGGCGCUCCUCCUCUACCUCCCCGCGAGCCCCCUUCGAAGGCGGCCCAGGAGCUGAGGACUCUGGCCAGCUGUGCUGCGGGGUCCAGGGGCGACGCGGCCUUGCAGGCCCAGCCCGGCGUGGCUGGGGCGCCCCCCAUCCUACACUCCAUCAAACAGGAGCCGGUGGCCGAGGGGCAUGAGAAGCGCCUGGACAUCCUCAACAUCUUUAAGACGUACAUUCCAAAGGACUUUGCCACCCUCUACCAGGGCUGGGGUGUCAGCGGCCCUGGGCUGGAGCACAGAGGGACGCUCCGGACGCAGGCCCGGCCAGGAGAGUUCGUCUGCAUCGAGUGCGGGAAGAGCUUCCACCAGCCCGGCCACCUCAGGGCCCACAUGCGGGCACACUCAGUGGUGUUUGAGUCCGAUGGACCCCGGGGUUCUGAAGUUCACACCACCUCCGCAGAUGCCCCCAAACAAGGGAGAGACCAUUCUAACACAGGUACCGUCCAGACAGUGCCUCUCAGAAAGGGAACCUAAAGGCGUGUUUCCGACGCACCCCAGGUCCCCGUAACGGCCAUUAGCAGUACCCUCACGAUGUCCCCGCAGCCUCCCACCUGUGACCUGGCCACUCCACGGAAGAACAGCCGGAGAACUCCUGAGCAGACACCUCACAUCCCGAGCCGCUGCGCUGGAGUGGAACCUGAAGGCAGAUGCCUCUCCUUGUUAAACGUUCAGAAAUAAAUGAAGAUGCUAUACUCUAGAAAUACAUGUAGAUACUAUAUACACAUUUACGUGCUCAUCGCCCAUAGUCCCAUAUUUUCUUAUAAUAAACAGUAGUACUGGCAGGCACAGUAGGGGCACAAGGCAUCUAUCUUAUUCAAGACAAGUUUGAGACACUGGAAAAAAAGAUACUUGUUACGUGUGUUGGACAGAGUGGCGAGGCUGAGCACUGUCACAGGGGCCUCCCAUGCUAAGAGGGACUGUGGAGAUGAUGUCAGCAAAAACCAUGGUGGAUUUGAGGUUGAUCGAGUAUUAAUACUACUGCCUCUCCUUGUCUUAGUGGGUAUUUAAAAUAGUAAAUGAGAGAGGGGAAGGUUCAGGUGCUGUGGGAAGCAGGCUUGGUGGAGGGGCAUGAUGAUGGGACCCUCAUGCUGGUUCCGUCGCACUCUCCCUGGGGGUCGUGUGCCUGUUCCAUUCCUUCCACCAUUCGAACUGAGCGAAUCUGGCAAAGGCGACACGUCUGUGGGAAUGCGUAGAUUCUGCCUCGGAAGAGAGCUAGUGGAACACUAAGAAAAGCAGGCUUCUUGUUUAUUCUCAGGACCUUUUUGUAACAGGGCUACAUUCUGCAAACUGCUUACAAAGGAAGACUAUACGUCUUAACAAAUUAUUUAGCCACUGAGUCCUCCCGAUUCGGACCUGUUUUAGUAAUGGCAGAAGAAUCCCUGAGCAGGUUCAGGGGCCCUAGAUAACUAGGGUGCUGAGCUCUGGCACCUUCUGUCCCCACUCUUUGCCUCCCCGCCCCUUCCCUGAGCCACCCCAGCAAGUGGGUGUGUGUUCUCCCUGGGCCUGGUGACCUCCACAGGAUGAGUAACUUCGUUCAUAAAGGGUGGGGAUCACCAGCCCCUUGGGUGGGGACGGCUCUAUAUACCUCUUCCUCAGUAAUGCAAAUGCGAGUUUUUGUGGUGGGGGUUAAGGCCCAUAACAAAGGAUCUUAAACCAUGCAGUGUACGCAAUUGAAAUUGUAUUCCACAGAUAUAAAUAUUUUCUUUUCCCAUUGCCGUGACACUAUGUGUGAUGGUAAUAUUUCUGAGAGUUUCAGAUUUUUGCACAUAUGAUUUUAUGCAUUAUCAAAAGUUACUGCUGCCUUGAAUGAAAAUGUUCUGUGAAAUUUUUUGCAAAAGCUUUACUAGGUUUUUUUUUAAUUGUGAAAUUUUGUAAAGGCAGGAAAUGGAUUAAAACGAGCAUGCUAAAUAUAUUUUUCAAAAAAGCAAUAAUUUUACAUGUACAGAAAUUAUCCUAACCUUUAAUACUGGUGAGAGCAACAGUUUACUUAAUACAGUAAUGGAUUAGUGCAGUUUUUGUAGACAGUGGGCUUCUGAUACAAAGUCUUGUUUAAACACACACACACACACACACACACACACACACACACACGCCCCCCCUAAAGUGUGGGUUUCCUGUUCUAAUGAUUUGUUGAAUAUUAUUAUUAUUAUAAUAUUAUUAUUAUUGUUGUUGUUAUUGUUAUUAGUUAAUGUUUGGUUCUGGAUUCUACUUGUUACUGAGUUUAAAUUACUUGACGGUUCAGGUUACUUUGCAACACUUUCAAACAAUGCAAUGUAACUGGCUAGCUUAUAUAUAUAUAUAUAUUUUUUUUUUUUUUUUUUACUUAUUUUUUUCUGAUCCUCUUACACCAGAUAUGUACGAAAAUGAUCUGUUCUGUGGGUGUAAUUAGGAAUGUCCAUGCAGAUACAGUUAAGCAACUGUAAUUGGCUGUUCUGUAAAGUUAUUUUGAGCAGAGUUGCAGACACACAUUCCUCUGUCCACCUAAGAAAUCAGAAGACUCUUGUGUUGAUUUAUGUUUAAUCAUUUCAGUAGUUUCCCCACAGUGAUCAUUCUGCAUUUUCUGGCUUUUGUCUUCUUGGCCGGAAGUGAACGGUGACUGUUAGGAAUGUCAGGGACUAGUGGCCCAGUCCCGUUUCUCUGUGUGUUAGUUAAUUAAAAAAACAUUCUGGACCCAAAGUGACACAAAAGUGUAGUCUACAUUUUUACGGUUUCAGAAGCGGCAUGGAAAAGUGCAGUUGGCCUUUGGAGCUGGAAGUGUCUUGCUGGCGAGUCUCCAUCCUGGAGAGUCUGGUGGGGAGUGGGCUGGUGCUGGGGCCCCGCCGGCCGCGGGCUGGAUCCUUCCUGGCUUGCAGGAGAGCAGGCGUGGAGGACAGUCAGCUUGCGGGGCCGCGCAGGGUGCAGAGUGCAGGAGGAAGGUUUUCACCCAGCUAAACAGACCGGGGGGGCCACCCCCAAGAAUGCCAUCCCCUGAGGCCAGCUGUGGGCAGGCCGAGGUGUGUGGUCCCUUCCUUCACCAAUCAUCAGUAUUGUAUUGGUUUGUUAAUUUGUUGAUGUCAGUUCGGUCAUAGUAUUUAAUAUGAUUUGUGUUUUCUUAUUUAUUUAGCCACUGUUUGAUUCCCUUUUUUUUCCGAAUGGUAAUUUCUGCAUGAUACACUUCUGUACGUUGUCUUCUGACUGUUACAGACUUUCUACUACCUCUCCCGAUCUGCUGUUUCCUUGUUUCUUAACAGGAUUUUUUACAGUGUUGCGUCUAAUGUAACUUAGACAAUAAAGGGUUUGGUUGUCUACACUGCAGCUUCUCUGUGUCUGUCCCCUGCUUUCCGCUCGCUGCUUCCCCCUCUGCCCCUGCUGGGGCCUGGCUCCACCCUGGCCUGCCUUCCCGCACUCUUCCUGUUCCCUGCUCACAUCUCUUCCUCAUUUUUGCAUUCAAAUAACACACAGCUAAUGAGCUUCUAAAAAUCUUUCAGGUUGUUCACUCGUAUCCCUUAAUUUGAAGAAUGAAUAUUUAAAUUCUCUCAAAAGUCAGCUGUUGAGGAUCUUCCCUGGGAAAUCAGCCACUGUACCUGCCUACCUUUCUGCCUGGUCCCGGAAGGCCUUAUUGUCAUCUUAGACGGACAGAUUCCGUUCUCAGCACCACACAGACUUGGCUUCAAAGCCCGGUGAAUUUUGCCUUUGAGGCUGUGAAAAGUAUUAAAUGUUAUAAGAGGUUCCCCAAUAUUUACUUAUUUAUUUUUUAAGCCAAGAAUGACACUGGUUUCCUGAAAAGCAGGUGCUUCAGGAAGUAGCAGUUGGGAGUUGUAUACAGUUACUUCGUCAGAGAAGGGAGCGCCCAGUAUGACAGGCCACGCCCCUGAUCUGGCCACUGUGCACAGGUCGCUGAGGGCACGAGAACACCUCUGCAGGGGCUCCGGCACAUGUGGGUUUCAUCAUUUCACACGCCUUCAGGGCGCAGGGUUGAGCGCGGGAAGGGGAGCUUCCUCUCCAGGGGGGCCUCUCUGGUGGGCCUCUGUUCUUUGGACAGAGAGACAGGGUGUGGCUUACGGGGUCAGUAGUGAUGCCUUCUGGAUCAAAGAAAGUGGGUGCAGUGCUUAGUCCGCUGUGUGGAAGAGGGCACCUCCUGGGCUUUCGUGGCUGGAGACUGUCUGCCAACAUUCCUUCCUUCAAACUAGACAAACCCUCCUCUGCCACCCCCAGCACAUUCUCAGAGGUUUCCAAGCUGUAGAAAAGGGAAGGAAGGAAGGACGGCAUUCAUAUAGCUUUACUUUCCACUUCAGAACGUCUUAAGUAGCAUAUGUUGUUUUACUGCUUUUAACUUGGGUGAGUUCUAAUUUCAGAACGUUUUGUUCACUGAGCAAAAAAAGAUGCAACCACCACAGGCCAGGACUUCAAGUGAGGAGGACGCCUGUGUUUGCCGUGGUUGGUGGUUGGUGGGAGCCCGCUCUGGGGCCCGGUAACAUGCCUGUGGGAAGUGAUCCAGGGGCCACCCGCCCAAGGGAAAAUGUUCAUUCUUCAUCAGCUUUGCUAAUUCUACUUUGAGGCAGUAAAAUGCAAAAGGCCAUAGAAUUUGUAUUUCCUUUUUUAAAAUACAAUUUAUAACAUUAUAUUUUGUACUCUUUAUAUUAGAAUUUGUAACUAGAUUGAUGUAUUUAACUCUAUUUCUGAAAAAGUAAUUCAAUGUUUUAGUUGUGUGAUAAAAAUAUUUAGAUAAAACAUAUUCAUUCUAUUGGAAUUUGAAAUAAAUAAAAACAUCUUGGAGUUCUGAGAUUUGUAA